AUGACACAAGAACUGGAGAAGCUGCUCUCUCAGCUUACACAGCCUGACAAUGAGGUUAUUCAGCAGGCCACAGUCCAGCUUAAACAGGCUUUCAAAGACCCUGGUAUUAUCCCUGCCCUGUGUGCCAUCAUCGGGGGAUCCCAGAGUCCGCAAAUUCGUCAAACUGCGACAGUGAUGCUCAGAUUGAGGGUGAAAAAACAUUGGAAGAAAAUAAGUCCCAACGACAGAGAGAGUCUGAAAGCAGGGGUCUUGCAGACAUUUAUGCAAGAAACUGAACACACUGUACGGCACUCCCUCUCUCAGCUCUGCUCUGUGAUGGUUAAACACGAGACUCCUGACCGUUGGCCUGCUCUGCUUCAGCUUCUGAGUCAGGCCACGAAGAGCCAAAAUCCUCAUGAGAGACAGGUGGGCCUUCUGUUGCUGGCUAAAGUUGUGGAGUCAAACCCUGAGUCGUUCAAGCCUCACUACCAUCAGCUGCUGAUGCUUCUGUCCACUGUCCUGGAGGAUCUAGACAACCCCACGGCUCUGUUUUACGGCAUCUCCACCAUCACCGCUCUGACCCCGUACACCGGCUCUGAGGAGAUGAAUCAAAUGCGCUCCAUGAUUCCAAAUCUGAUCACAGCUUUUAGACCACUCAUCAAGUCAAACCAGGACCAGGCCAGUGAGGCCAUGGAAGUGUUCAAUGAGCUUAUGGAGAGUGAAGUUUCCAUAAUUGUGCCACAUGUGGCUGCUAUUGUCAGCUUCUGCCUGGAGGUGGGCGCCGACACCACUCUGAUUAGCUCCUUACGCAUCAAGGCUCUGUCAUGUCUGAUCUUCCUCAUAAGAUUAAAGAGCAAAGUCGUGAUUAAGCAGAAGCUAUUGAAUCCCAUUCUACAGUCCAUCUUCCCUGUGCUCACUGCAACGCCCCCUCCUGGUGAGGAAGACCCUGAAGAUCAAGAGGAUAGUGAUGAUGAAGAUCAUGACAGCCCCAAACAUGUUGCUGCUCAGAUUAUUGACACUAUGGCACUUCACAUGCCUCCAGAGAAACUUUUCCAGCAACUUAUGCCUCUGACUCGGGCAGCUCUUUCAAGUGAAGACCCGUAUCAGAGGAAGGGCGGCCUCAUGUGCCUAGCUGUGUUGGCAGAGGGGUGUGCCGAGCAUAUCCGCACCAAGAUGCUGCCUUCACUGCUUCAGACUGUUUGCCAAAGUCUUUCUGACAAUAACCAAGUUGUGCGCAGUGCUGCCCUUUUUGCACUUGGUCAGUUCUCUGAGCAUUUGCAGCCAGAUAUCAGUAAAUAUUGUGCAGAGCUGAUGCCUCUACUCCUGCAAUACCUGUCAUGUUUGAACGAGACAAAGACUGUUCAUGUCACAAAAGCCUUUUAUGCCCUGGAAAACUUUAUGGAAAAUCUUGGGUCUGACAUUGAGCCUUAUCUUUCUCACUUGAUGGAAACCAUGCUGACUACUCUCAACACUGCUGAAAGUUUAAGGAUAAAGGAGUUAGCUGUGUCUGCAAUCGGAGCCAUAGCCAAUGCUGCAAAGGAGCUCCUUGUUCCAUACUUCUCUCCAGUUAUUGAAAACCUGAAGGGUUACUUGACGGCCACCACAGAGGAGAUGAGGUCUCUGCAAACUCAGGCGUUGGACACACUGUCAGUGCUGGCUCGCACCAUUGGCAAAGACGUGUUCAGCCCUCUGGCUGCAGAGUGUGUGCGUCUGGGACUUAACCUCACGGACAACAUAGACGACCCAGAUAUCAGGCGCUGCACGUACAGUUUGUAUUCUGCAGUGUCGAUGAUCAGUCCUGAAAGCCUGACACCUCACCUCACCAACAUCACCACCGUCAUGGUGCUGGCACUCAAGUCCAACGAUGGAAUCACGGCACAUGUUGAAGAAGACAAAACAUUUGUCCUUUUGGAUGAUGAAGAUGACGAUGAGGAGGAGCAUGAGGAGAAAGAUGUCAGUGACUUCAUGGGAGAUGACUCUGAGGCUGACAUCAAAGAUAUUUCGCAAUUCACAGUUGAAAACGCCUACAUGAAUGAGAAGGAGGAUGCCUGUGAAGCACUUGGAGAGAUCGCCUUACACACUGGUGCUGCAUUCCAGCCUUUUAUGGAGUCCUGUUUCCAGCAAGUUUACGAGUUAAGAGAACAUGCUCAUGAGGAUGUUCGCAAGGCAGCGAUGGCAGCUAUGGGCAACUUUUGCUUAUCUCAACAUAAAGUUUGGAAAGAAAAUCCCACUGAAGUGAACCUCCAGGCGCUUCAAAAGUUACUGGACUUGGUGCUGCCUAACCUCUUUGAGGCAGUGAAGACAGAUGGGGAGCGUCAAGUAGUGAUGGGAGUCCUUGACACAAUUAACAGUGUUGUAAAAUCCUGCAAAGAGGAAGUGUUCAAGAACCCUACACGACUCAAUGAAGUUUGCACCACAAUAAGUGAUGUGCUCAAGAAAAAGACAGCUUGUCAGGACGGUGGUUGUGAUGACGCAGAAGAUGAAGAGGCUGAGUUUGAUGCCAUGCUCCUGGAGUAUGCUGGAGAAGGGAUCCCCCUCGUGGCAGCUGCUGUCCCUGCAGAUGCUUUUGCUCCAUUCCUCAAUGACCUGCUGCCAACGCUCCUUAACAAAACUAAAUCCACUUGUACUGUGGCAGACCGCUCCUUCUCUGUGGGCACUAUUGCAGAGUUACUGGCGGCUCUCGCCAAGGUUCCAGGAGGUCAGCGGCUGGCAGGGCGCCUGUCCAACAGGUUGUUUCCUGUGCUGGUGACCGGAACCAAGGACCCUGACGACGAAGUGCGCAACAACAGUGUUUAUGCUAUGGGUUGUCUGGCUGAAGCUGCCGGACCUAUCGUAGUAUCGGACUAUCCCACAAUGCUCUCUGUUCUUUCAAAAUUGCUGACUAAAGAGACUAGCCUCCUAGUGCGGGACAACCUUUGUGGUGCCCUCUGCAGGAUGAUCAUUGGUAAUGCUGAUGCUGUCCCACUAGAGCAGGUUUUUCCUGCGUUGGUGGCUGGACUGCCGCUCAAAGAGGACCUGAAUGAAAACAAGACGGUUUACAAUUGUCUGGCAUUGCUCUACAGCAAGAAUCCUGCCAUGAUUGUGCAGCACAUGAAACCUAUUGUAGCCUCUUCAAGCCUUGUCCUGGGCCAUAAAGAUACUGAUGAAGAGACCCGGAGUGCUGUGGUGCUGCUCCUGAGGCAGCUGCUGCAGCAGCACUCAGCAGACUUCCACACGGCUGUGACGGCUCUCCCUGCAGAGAAUCAGGCCAAACUUGGCUCAGCAAUCUCCUCUUCAUGA